UCAUUUUGUAAAAAAAAGUUGUUAUUACUUUUAGUUUACAUUUUAUUUCACUCACAAAUGAUGUACAUUUUUCUAAAAGUGAAUAAGUCGUGGAAAAAUAUUAAUACAUUAGUAUAAGAAGGGUUUUUUUUACUUCAGCAGUAUCGUACAUAAUAGUGCAUACUGAAUAUUAACAUGAUAUAAUAACAGAUUUACUUCGUUCUCAAUAAUGAACUUAAGUGUAAAGUUGUUGACAUCUUUAUGGAUUUUCAUUUUUUUUCCACCCAAUUCUAAAUCACGUUCUUUUUCUUAAGUAUGGAUUCAUAAACUUAAUAGGAUUGUUAAUGAUUAUUUUAAUCCAGCAUUCUUGUGAAAAUAUUGUAUUUGUGUUUAUGAUUAAUUGAAGUCAGAUAUGAUGGCACAAUCCACAACAAGUGGUACAUCAUCUCGCAAACAUAUAAGAGACCAUGACAUUGGUACAAACACUCGUCUACCACAUUAUGGAGACAGUGAAUGGGAAACAAAAGAGGCUCUCAGACAAAGAGAAUUGGAGGAAGCAAGAGCUCGAGCAGCACAAAUGGAAAAAACUAUGAAAUGGUGGUCUGAUUGUACAGCUAAUUGGAGAGAAAAAUGGAGUAAGGUAAGAAAUGAAAGGAAUAAAGCUAGAGAGGAAGCUAAAUUAUUGAGGACUAAGUUAGAAAUAGCUGUAAAAGAUGCCAACAGUUAUAAACAUGAGUCACAGGAGCUUGAAAUUCAAAAUGAACAAUUAAGAAAGGAAAUGGAAAAAAUUCAUGUGGUCUUAUUGAAACAUGUUGGUCAAUUUGAUAGGCAGAUUGUUAAUAUUCUUGAAUCAGAUUCGCAACUAAGGAAUUCUCUCGGUAUUGAUGAUCUUUUAGAACUCUAUAAUAAUGUUGAGAGAUGUGAUAGAAAGUCUGAUAGUGUAAAUUACAAUUCAGGAUGUCGUAAAAGUCCACGAGAUGAAGUAUUAUUACCAGAAGCACCUGAAAGAGAUAUUGAAGAGUACGUUCUUCAAGGAGCUUUGCCAAAACAUGCUGUUGAGCUGUAUAAAGAAGGAUCUAUGAGUAGUUUAGAAAGAGACAUCGCUCAAUUAAUUGAAGAAAAUGGUAAAAUUCAUGAUAAAAUAGACAGGAAACCUUCUACAGUUGAUAGUGAAAUUGAAGAUCCAAUGAAACUUCGAAUGGCUAUGCUAAACUUAGGUAUUGAAGAAGCUACUAAAGCUCUGUCUGCAGAGAAAGAUAACGAACCAUUUCUCAAUGAAACUGAAAAACUUCAAUUAGAAAUUAAUCAACUGAAAAUUCGCUGUAAUGAAUUACAAGAAAGUCGAUCUGAACUAUUGAAACAACUAGCCGAAUCAAAAGAACAAUACCAAACAGAAUUAAUGGCUGCUCAAGCUGAUCUUUUAGAUGAAAUAGCGAAUCGAGAAGGUAUGGAACAACGAAUGAAUGAGUUAAGAGCAGAAUUAGAGAGACUUCAGCUCGAAAAUGCAUCCGAGUGGGGAAAACGGGAACGGUUAGAAACUGACAAAAUUUCUCUCGAACGUGAAAAUAGACAAUUGAAAAAUGAACUACGGGAAUUGCAAGAAAGAAUAGAACUCAGAAGAUCUCGAUCCAGUUCUACAAUCGAUACUGAUACCAAACAAUUACAUCAAGAUUUAUUAGAUAUGAAACACGUCAAUUCGAAAUUAAAGAAAGUUCUUGCUGAAAAAACAACUGAGUUAACGCAUGCAUUACGUAGAUCAGAACAAUAUGAGACUGAAGUAAAAAGAGUUAGAGGUAGAGUUGAUGAGUUGAAAAAAGAAUUAGCUCUAGCUCAAGAUGAAGUUGAUGCUGCUAUUACAAAUGCUAGACGACUUCAACGAACAAAUGAGGACCUUGUCGAGCAAUUACAGUCAGCCAAUGUUCGAAUAGAACAGUUAAAAAAUCGUUCAGAACCAUGUGCUCCAGAUGUAGUUGCGGCGAUUUUAGAAGAUAAAUCUAGAGAUGAUGAAAAUGUUGAUAGUUCUAUUGCAGAUUAUGAAAAAAGAGUUUGAGUAUAAAUUUUUUUAUUAAUUGACCAUUCCUCUAGAUUUGAGUGACAAAGGCUGUGUUAAGGUGGAUGAAUUCAUGACACUUCUUUUUUACUUUUUUUAUUUUGACUGAAUUUUAAAAUAAAAAAAUAAUAUAAAACUUGUAUAUUAACAAAAUUAUGAUUGAGAAUAAAUAAUAUUCUAUCAUGUUCCCAAAUGUCUAGAAUUUAAAAGAAUAAAAAUAUAAAUUAUAUGAGAUUCUUAGAAAUACUCCGAAUUAAAGAAAUCGUUGUUGGUUCAACUAAGCAAUAAUGUUAAUCUCAAUGAAAAACUAAAACUAUAUUCUAUGUAAACAAAAUUAGAAUAAAUAUUAUUGUCAUUAUAUGAAUUAUGAUUAACGUCCCUAUUGCUUUACUUGAAAUUUUUAAAUGACAAGG